UAUCUGCUGGAUGCGUUAUUUUGGGCAAGAAGAAAAUAAAACCGAGAAUAAAGCGCCAUCUGCUGUAAUGUUUCACAAAAAAUUUGUAUACAUCAGCCAUCACACUGGAUGCUGGAACAUAAAAGACAGGGCACAUGAUCAGCCCAAGUCAUCUUAUAGGGGCAAAAGGAAAUCUGAUGACCUGCCCAAUGAAAAUGAGCCUCAUCAGAAGAGACAGAAAACACAGAUAACAGAAAAGAAAACUAAACUAGUUUUAUACAUCAACCAGCACACUGGAUGCUGGAACAUAAAGGACAGGGCAAAUGAUCAGCCCAAGUCAUCAUCUAGAGGCAAAAGUAAAUCUGAUAACCUGCCCAAUGAAAAUGAGCCUCAUCAGAAGAGACAGAAAACACAGAUAAUAGAAGAGAAAACUGACGUCUCCAACACAACUAAACUAGUUUUAUACAUCAACCAUCACACUGGAUGCUGGAACAUAAAGAAGAGGGCAUAUGAUCAGCCCAAGUCAUCAUCUAGGGGCAAAAGGAAAUCAACAAACUUGACAAAUGAAAAUGAGUCUCAUCAGAAGAAACAGAAAACACAGAUAAUAGAAGAGAAAACUGACGUCUCCAACAAAACUAAACUAGUUUUAUACAUCAACCAGCACACUAGAUGCUGGAAUAUAAAGCAGAGGGCAUCUGAUCAGCCAACAACAAGUGGCAAAAGGAAAUCUACAAACUUGCCAACUGUAAAUGAGCCUCAGCAGAAGAGACAGAAAACACAGACUAUAGAAGAGAAAACUGAUGUCUCCAACACAACUAAACUACCUCCUAAACGUUUAGGCAUUGCACAUUUGUUGGAGGUUUAUGAGACGAAAGAACUGCUGGGCAAAGGAGGAUUUGGCUCUGUGUAUGCUGGUGUACGUAAAGCAGACGGAUUGCCAGUGGCAAUCAAGUACAUCUCCAAACGUAAAGCACCUGAAAAACUGGAAAUCCCUGGACAUGGUUUCCUGCCCACUGAGGUAGCUUUAAUGUCCAUCGUAAAUACAGAACCAUACUGUUUAAACAUCCUGCGGAUUCUGGAGUGGUAUGAAGAGCCAAAGUGCUACUACAUAGUUCUGGAACGACCCGAACCAUGUGAAAACCUCCACCAGUUCUGCAAUAGGUAUGGCAGCUGCUUGCCUGAGACUGUGGCUCGUUUAGUGAUGGUUCAGCUGAUAGAUGCACUGAAGCAUUGCAAGAGCCGAGGAAUUCUGCAUCGUGACGUCAAGCCAGAAAACAUCAUGGUUCAGACAGACACCCUUAACGUUAAGCUGUUUGACUUUGGGUGCGGAGACUUGGUCAAGGACACUUACAAAGAAUUUACAGGCACACUCAGCUACGCUCCUCCUGAGUGGUUUAAAAAGAAAAAGUAUUUGGCAGACCCAGCGACUGUCUGGUCUGUGGGUGUGACACUGUACAGACUGGUGUGUGGCUCUUUGCCGUUCAACACCCGGAAGGAAUUGAAACAUGGUCAUGUGUGUUUCUCCAGAAGUCAUUCUGAAGAAUGCAUGCAUCUGAUCCGUUGGUGUUUGUGCACCAAACCAGCAGGCCGUCCGAGUCUGGAGCAGAUAGAGCAUCACCCAUGGUUUCACUUAAAAGGAUCUGCAGUACAAAGUACUGGAUAGACACCUGCC